AUGCCUGCAUCUGUCGAGGCGUCGGGCCUUCAAGCCAUCGACAUCAUGAUGCCCAAGAAGCGGCAGCAGGGCUUUGUCCCCGGCGCUUCCAGCCUCGGCCCGAGCUCUGCCAUGACUUCCCAUCCAGGCUCUCAACCGAUCCAGUCGGCCGCGCCAUCUGCCAAUGCCAACAACUUCUUCGGCCCCUUUGGCACCAACGGCCUUCCUAGCAGCUUCAUCGACACCGACAUCCUCCUCAACGACGACCUCUGGAAUCAGUUUUCACCUGCACCCAAUACUGGAAACCACGCCUCCAACAUGGCCCAGAACCACCAACAGACAUUAGCCAACAAUGCAUCCGCCGCAACGGACGUGCCCAGUGAACAGGCGUUCGGCGAGUCUUACGUCAACAUCCCCUACACCUCCUCGCUUGACAUGUUUGGCCUCCAGUCGCGCACCUUUGGCACAGUGCAACCCACACACGAGGCACUGCACCGUCUGGGCAAGGACACUCCCUCCAUGGACGAGGGCGAUUCUCCCGACGGUUCCAAUGGCGAGACUACUUCGACAAUAGCCACCAGCGUGCUCACGCCCAGCUCGCUCGGCACCACCGUCGGCAGUCUGCCUCAGACCUCGGGCGGUCGCCAUCAUCGUUCCACCAGCAAUGCUUCCUCCACCAAUCGCUCCAAGACGGCUCGCAGCUUAAGCCGAAGCCGCACCCGCGUUGCUGCCAGUGCGGAACGACGCGCGGCCGAACGCUCCCCAUCCACCGAGCGAGGCGGCGUCGGCAAAGCACCCUCGUCUCGAGCCAGAGUGGGUCGCCGCGCCACAAUCGGACCCGCGGCUCUUGCCGGACAGCCUGCUCCAGCGCCGCCAGCGCCAACACGCUCUGCUUCGACGGCUUCCGGUGCCGGUGGAUCGAGCUCCAACAUGGGCCUCUCAUCCAGCUUCCAGGCCCAGACCCAUCGUUGGAGCCUGUUCGGCACCGACGGCUCGGGCCAGUCCAACUUACACCUCAACUACAACGAGCCUGCGCAGUGGGGCACACAGUCCCAAGCAUCGCAGCCGCAGCCACAACACAGUGGCACCGCUUCGGCAUCUUCGUCGCUCCCAACCGCUCACAGCUUCCACGCCAGCAUGGCGCAUCUGAAUCUGCAGACGCCAUCCGUAUCGUCGGGUGCAAACCAAGCCAACGCUGCUGCAGUCAAAGGCGAGAGCCCCGGGCAGUCAUUCAACCCGUUCCUUUUCCCGGCGUACCAACAAGGCCAGGGCGCAUCUGCUAUGGCCAGUGUGCCCGAGACCGAACAGAUUCACCGAGGCAGCGUGCUAUCGAGGGAAAUGUCGGGGCGUUCAAGCGAUACCUCGGAAGCCAGCGAAGCAAAGACCGCAUCGGCCAAGGCAUCCCGCGGCAAGGUGGCCUCGCGAGCCUCGCGUGAAAAGCUCGCCAAGGAUUCCAAAGCCGAGGCGCCAAAGCUCGACAAGACCGUCAGUCCAGAGGAGAACCAGCAAGGUGAAGAGGACGACGACGACGACGGUGGCGACGAUGACGACGAUGUGCCCUCGGCUGGCACAGGCGCCAAGAGCGAGGCCGAGGCAAAGAGGCUAGCGGAAAAGCGCCGAAAGCGUCGCGAGUCGCACAACGCAGUCGAGAGGCGGAGGCGGGACAACAUCAACGAAAAAAUCACCGAGCUCGCCACGCUACUGCCCGAGGCGAUGCUGCUCGACGCCAUCGCCACCUCGACGCAGGGAGGCAACAGUGGAACGUUUGCGCCUGCGCUUGCCGCCAAGGCUUCGCUCGCAGCGGCAGCGGCGGCUGCGGCGAAAGGAGAGGCGGUCACCGGCGGUCCCGAUGGCCAGACAUCUUUGCCCAAGUCGUCGACGGAGGCCUAUGCAGCGGCUCUAGCGCCUGUGCACGCCAACAGCGCCGCGCUGGCCGCAGCACAAGCCAAGCCAAACAAAGGCAUCAUCCUGCGCAAGAGCGUCGAGUACAUCCGCCACCUGCAGCAGUUCCUCGACAUGCAGAUGGGCCGCAUCGGCUUUCUCGAGGCCGAGCUCGCGCGAUCACAUCAGGCGCUGGCGGCGUCCGGCAUGCAGGCUCCCCCCACCACGGAUCCGCAGCAGGGCCUCGGGAUGAUGCAUGCAUUCUUUGACCAGGCUGGCAAUGCGCCUGGCAUCGGCGGAUCAAUGUUUCAGGAUGCCAUGGGCCAGCAACAGCAACAGCCGCAACAGCAACAGCAACAGCAGCAGCAGCAGCAGCAGCACCAUCACCAGCAGGCGGUGUCACAGGACUUUAGCGCGAUGAACCUGCUCAGUCUAGGCAUGCCGAUGGACACGCAGCCUUCGCAGACCCAGUCAAACGCGCAGCCGCCGAUGCGAAUGCAGCAAAACAACCUGGCGAUGCCGCAUUCGAACUCGGGGUCGCACGAGGCGUCGGCGGGCACACCGGCACUGGCGGCAUGGCUGGAAGGGUUCGAUCAGCGCACGGGUCUGCCGCGCCGCUCGUCUGUGGAUCCGAUCGAGGAAGAGGAGCACGAGAGCGGCGAGGAGGACAAGGAGCUCAGCUCGCGCGGACGCAGCUCGCGCUUGGCGCACGACACUCACGAGGAGCACUGGCGCGGCCGUUCGCGACACAAGGUCGGCAGAGGUCGCGUGCAAGAGGGCAGCUGGCCCGAACUGCAGCCGUCCGAGGCGCAGUCGCCCAUGCAGCUCGUCAAUAGUGAAGAGCACCAUGCCACUGCAUCGUUUUCGGAUCUCGGCGACAUGAAGCUCGACCUGUAG